GUUUAUAUCAGUCUAUCAUUCAGACCAUUCGCGUAUGAGCACCACAAGUGAUAAUAAUCAUCGAGAUAUUCCGAUCCCUCUUUCGAAAUAUCAUGUCACCAUCGUAAAAAGUUAACAAUCUUUAACGGUAAUAUUAAUAAUUAAAAACGGUCAGUAAAUUUUAAGUAUAUCGGUUGAAUUUGAAAACAUGUCUUCGCCUAAACCUCUUAAUCAAGAGCAUAUCAAAAGGCCUAUGAACGCCUUUAUGGUAUGGUCCAGGGGUCAAAGAAGGAAAAUGGCUCAAGAAAAUCCUAAAAUGCAUAAUUCCGAAAUUUCUAAAAGACUCGGAGCUGAGUGGAAAUUGUUGAGUGAAAGUGAGAAGAGACCGUUUAUUGAUGAAGCUAAAAGAUUAAGGGCCCUUCACAUGAAAGAACAUCCAGACUACAAAUACCGUCCACGAAGGAAACCAAAACCAUUGAUGAAAAAAGAACCAAAAUUUGGUUUCUCAAUCUCACCACUGUUAUCUCACUCCCAACUUGAUAAUUCAUCACUUUCGCGUUCAUUAAUGCCUCCAAUAUCAACCGCCACAGGUCUACCUCCCUUCGAUCACGAACAUCUAAAGCUUUCAAGAACCCUAUUUCCACCACUGCCUUACCUUUAUCAUCCAUUCCGUCAUCCAGAUGAAUCCAAAUUUGCAGCAGAGCUUGCGUUGCUUUACAGUAACAGUCCGAUAUAUCCUCCUGGUUUGAACUGGCCGAUAACGAACAAUGUGAACAGCAGUGUACCCUGUAAUAUAUGCCCUCCUACAUUUCCUAGAAGAUCGCCUAGUCCAGAAAGCAUCAAAAGGCCGGUUUGUGUAAUAAUGAAGAAUGAUGAAUUCAGAAACGAACCACUUCCUGCUCAUGUUAUAUGAAAACCACUACCGGUUCUACCGGAAAGGUUGAACCUAGGAACUUGGUUUAGUGAUAUCUCGAAUCUAGCGACGUCGAGUGCUACUGGAACCUCUUCAGGUAUAGCUGAAUAUAGAGAUAGUCCGUCUGGAAGAGACAGUAACAGUCCAUGUGACUUAAGUGAAAAAAAUGUUAGAUAUCAUAACUGAACUGUAAAAAUAGCUCUUUUUCGAAUUAAUUAGCAAUUCAUCUAGAUCUGUUUAGCGAUGAAUAAUGUUUCAUAGUUACCUUAAAAUUAUGUUCUGAGAAACUCAAUAAAUAAAAUCACAUUCAAGAAAACAGAUUUUCAGGAAAAAUUAUUAUUUAUACCUAUGUAUGCUUUUUUUACUGCACAAUAUAAACACGUUGUUUCGAAUUUCUGUUCAAUUACAAUUUAGUUCACAUGUAAGUAGAAAACUUAGAUGUUUUUAUACUCAUUCAGAGAUAAGGUUGGCUCAAAUUGUGUAAAAAGGGACAAAGUUGAUAACAAAUUUUGGAAAAACAGAAAGUGAUAAAUAUUAUUUUGAUUUCCAAAUACUUAGAAAUCCAGAAAAAGGAUAUGAAAAUGUAAUUUUAUCAUCGUGUAUUCUUUGAAAGUUUUAAAAUAAUCAAUUAUUUGGAAAAAAAGAUCUGGACUUGAUUGAUAAAUCUUAUUUAUAGUAAAUAAUACAUAUUACCUAUCAAAAUUAUUAUGAAUGUAAAAAAAAGUGUUUGUCUAGAAUCUCUAAAUUGUUUUUUGUAAAAAAUUAUCAAUUUUGUACAUAACUAAAAAGUAGUGUCGAUUCUAUUGGAUCCAGUUUAUUAAGCAAUUUCAUUUGGUAUAUUACUUCUGCAAUAGUACAAAUUAUUUUAAAUAUUUUUAUGAUUAACUGCGGAAAAAAGUCUGAUAAAUAUUAUAUAUCUCUAUUUGGACAAAGUGGACUUUUGUUUCAUCACUCUUUUAAAUAAUACCGAAUAAUAUUUCCAUUGAAUAUAUUAGUCCCUUCAAAUAUUUAUUUUAUAUUAUCCUAUGAAUAGAUAUGAACAGAUUUCGUUUAAGACAUCUAAUUCCUAAUAUAAUUGUAGAUACAGAUUAUAUGCAUAAAAUGGACGAUCUUCUAUAUAUUAUUCGUCGACGACAGUCGGCUAGGUUUGAAAUUAGCCUAAGUUGACAGAGCACGGUCUACAUUUUGUAAUUAUUCCAGCAACAACUUUUUGACUGUUUUGACUACAUUUUGAUUAUUCUUUUGUAGACGACUUAUGGUUGUAUCGAUCAAACGCUACAACAACGCGGUAGAAAUAUUUAAAAUGGUGAAUCGUGAUUCUGCCUGUUCUUUUACAAAUAAGUAAAAUUACUCUGUCAACUUAAAAUCGUGUACCGAUCGAGAGUCGCGAAAACAUAGAUUUCCGUUUUGACCUUUAUAACAGCAUUUUUUAUUUUGUACUGCACAUAAAAACAAGUAGCUAUCAGAUUUCUUCCAACCAAUGAAAUGGAUUCUCUCAUCUACGAAUCAGCCAGUUUAUUUUGAAAAAUGUUUACACAUUUCGAAAGUAAAACAUCCUGAGACGUUCCGACAAUGCUUACUACCAAAAAUAUUUUAUCAAUUUAUCGCAAAAAAAUGUUAAAUUUUGUGAAUCUUCACAAAUUGAUGUUAUCAGGCUUUAUUCCUAAAAUAAAAUAUUCUGUGCCAUGUUGUUAAAUGGGACGGUGCAAUUUUAUAUAUUUAGUGUAUUGUUACAAAGUUUUUUUUUUAAUUUUUUGUACUAUGCUUAGUAAUGAAUGUAAAAAUUCUUGUUAAUGACUAUAAUUUGUUCGAUAUUAUGUAAAUAGUUGAUUACAUUGUUGGCAAUUUUUAUUUCAGUGUGUUUUACCAUUUCUAAAUAAAUGUAACUGAACUGUUA